AUGGACUUUGCAUCAGAACAUCCAAAUGAAUUGGCACUUAUCAAACGAGAAUCAAAAACAUACGAAGCAAUCCAACAAGGUGUAAUUAUUGGAUUACUUAUUAUCAAUGGAUAUUCAAUUGAGAUUAAUCCACCGAGUCGUUUUGCUACAAAAUCACUUCAACUAUUCACCAUCAACGAAAUUUAUCUACAUUCAGUUGCAAUGAAUUUUGGAGUAACAAUCAAUGUUUCAUGUGAACUUGGGUAUGAAGAAGAAAUGAGAGGGAAAGGAGAAAUGGAUGAAAAUACAAGGAAGAGAGUUGUCAAAAGCACUAAAAGAAGAAGGGAUAUAAAUAAAUCAGCAAUAACAUUCAACACAAUGGUUAAGAUGGUAGAAGACAUUGGAUAUAAUAUCACAAAGAGGUCAAUCAAAAGUGCAAAGAAAACAGUCCAAAUGAUUAAAAUCAAAGAAAUUGGAAUUGGAGAAGAAUGGAAAAUGAAAGAAGAAACAAUCCAAGAAAUAGGAAGUUUAAUCAACCAAUAUAUUAAAAAUAUCAUUAUAAGAACAGGCAAAGCAAUUAUAUUAUCAACUAAUGAUCCAUACAUUAAUUCAUUGUUUAUCAUUAAUAAUGAAGAAAAAAAUAAAUGGAUGGAUAUAACAGAAAGUACUUCACAUGAAAUGUCUUAUUUGUAA